GUACCUGACCUGCAACUUUUUGUUUUUAUUGAUGUUUCAUAUUGUUGUAUUGCAGACAUUUGACAUUUGCGAGUGUUUGCGAGAUGGCAGACGAAGCUCUGUACGAAUUUCUUCACUCAGAGUUAGUUGGAUAUGUUACUGAAAAAUCUGCGAAGGAAAACAAGAAAGAUGACUUGUCCGCUCUGGAAUAUAUGGGUUUUUCAUCUGGUUACAGAAUAAUAGAAAGGCUGACCAAGGAACGCCCACGUUUUAAUGACGAGCUUGACACAGUUAAAUUCAUUUGCACUGAUCUUUGGUCUACUAUCUACAAGAAGCAAAUUGACAAUUUACGAACCAACCAUCAGGGUGUAUACGUUCUACAUGAUUGUGCAUUUCGCUUCCUCUCUAAAUUAUCUUCUGGACGACAAUAUCUAGAAUCUGCUCCCAAGUAUGUUGCGUUUACAUGUGGACUAAUCCGUGGGGCACUUGCAAACCUAGGCAUCAAAUGUUUAGUAACUGCAGAGGUGCAGAACAUGCCCGGCUGCAAAUUCCACAUCCAAGUGCAAAGGUCAUGAUCAUGAUAAACUUCUCUUGUUCAUUUCAAAUAGUCUGUUGUUCUCUGUCCUUUUUGUAUGGAUAUAUUGUUAUUAUUAUCAGAUUCUUGAUUUUCUGUGAAAGUGAUGUUACUUCAUAGUUUAAUAUUUUUUUAA